AUGGCCCCGCAGCUCGACUACACCACCUCGGUGCUGGGGCCGCUGCUCGCCCGUUUCGGCGUCCACUUCGCCCUCAGCCCGGAGACGGUCAAACGCGGCUACUACCCGCGCGGCGGCGGCGAGGUGGUGGUCAACACCGCCCCCCUGCUGGCCGAGCCCAUGCAGCCGAUUGAGCUGGUGGACCGCGGCGAGGUGACGCUCAUUGAGGGCUACUGCUGGGUCGCCGGGGGCGGUCAACCGCUGGGGGCGGCGAAGGAGGCCGCCGAGGAGGCCCGCUCCGUCCUGAAGGAGUGCUACCCGGGCGUGCCGCUGCGCCUGAAGACGGUGGUCGAGGAACGGGUCGGAAACAAUGGCUCGGGCAGCGGUGUCGUGUAA